CUAAUUAAUCUGGUUCAAGAGGAAUGGAGAAGUAGAGUGAAUACAUAAAAUUCCAAAUAAAAAAUAUGAAGAAAAAAGAAGAAACUCUACUGAGCAUGAUAAUGAACAGGAAAGAAAAUGUGAAUCGGAUCCAUUCUACAAAAAGAAUGUCUCCUACAGGACAUUGUCGAAGGUAAAAUAAAAAGACUGAAAGCAUAAGGAAAGGAGAAUGCAGAUGUACGCCCAAGGCGAUAGACCAGAAAGCAUAAAAGUAGAAGUUUGUAGAGGGACCAGCGCACCUACGUCGGGCGCACACGGAGCGCCUGCGUGAAAUCUUCCUGAAAUACGCCUCGUACAGGGCUCCAGAUGGAGAACUGUACAUGACCCCCGAAGACUAUGUCAGAAAAUAUUUGGGACUCUUUCCGGACCCCAAGGAAUCCGACGCCAAAGAUUUGACGUACAACGCAGAAUCCGUUCGCCUGAUUGCCGGAAUAGCAGACACCAGCAAAGACGGCCUGAUAUCAUUCCCGGAAUUCCAGGCCUUCGAAGGGACCCUCUGCGCCCCCGACGCCCUUUACAAAACCGCCUUCCAGUUAUUCGACACCAAUAGUAGCGGGGCGAUAAGCUUCGACGAGUUUGCUUCCAUAAUGAGAAAGACUGAACUACAUUCAAGGAUUCCAUUCAACAUGGACGGAGGAUUUGUACAACUAUAUUUCGGCAAAAACAAAACAAGACAAAUCAAUUAUGCUGAAUUCAGUCAAUUCCUGCACGAUUUUCACGAAGAAUAUGCCAUGGAAGCAUUUAGGAGUCGAGACAAACACGGGACAGGGUUCAUAUCAGCUGUAGAUUUUCAGGAUAUUAUGAUCAAUAUCAAAAGCCAUUUGCUGACGACGCAAGUUAAGGACAAUUUAUUUGCGAUAACAAAUGGAACAAGAGUAUCAUUCCCCUACUUCAUGGCCUUCAAUAGUCUCCUAAAUAAUAUGGAAUUGUUGAAAAGGGUAUAUCUUCAUGCAAGUGGUGGCUCUAGGACGACUGCAGUCAGCAAAGAAGAACUUCUGCAUUCUGCACAAUGCAUGAGCCAAAUUACACCUUUGGAAGUUGAUAUUUUGUAUCAACUUACUGGUCUACUUCAUCAAACUGGUCGAAUUGUAUACAAUGAUCUGAAUGUGAUAGCACCUGAACAGUAUAUAAGGCAUAUAACAAAAAGGCUGGCGGAGAUCAGAGCUGUAUCGAAACCUGAAGAUCGAGGAGUCUUUAUGCAGAUUUUGGAAAGUGGUUAUAGAUUUAUACUGGGAUCGAUAGCUGGAGCUGUUGGAGCAACAGCCGUCUAUCCCAUAGAUUUGGUAAAAACUCGGAUGCAAAAUCAAAGAUCUGGAUCAUUCGUUGGCGAAUUAGCUUAUAGGAACUCCUGGGACUGUUGCAAAAAGGUUUUAAGGCACGAAGGUUUCACAGGCCUUUACAGAGGCCUAGUGCCCCAACUUAUAGGAGUAGCCCCCGAAAAGGCCAUAAAAUUGACGGUGAAUGAUUUUGUUCGCGAUAAAUUGGUGGAUAAGCAUGGAAAUCUUAGUGUCUAUGCUGAAAUUUUAUCAGGAGCUUCUGCUGGUGCAUCACAAGUUAUAUUUACGAAUCCUUUAGAGAUUGUCAAAAUUCGGUUACAAGUUGCUGGUGAAUUAGCAGACGGCGGCCGCAAGAUCAGUGCCCUUUCGGUGGUGCGCGAUUUGGGCUUCUUCGGGCUCUACAAGGGAUUCCGGGCCUGUCUUUUGCGAGACAUGCCUUUCAGCGCGAUCUACUUUCCCACAUACGCCCACACUAAAGCGGCCCUGGCGGACGAACAAGGAUAUAAUCAUCCCUUAUCUCUGCUUAUGGCUGGUGUGAUUUCUGGAGUGCCUGCAGCAGCUCUGGUGACUCCUGCUGAUGUCAUCAAAACCAGGUUGCAGGUUGUUGCAAGACAAGGUCAAACUUCCUACACUGGUGUGAUUGAUGCAGCCAGAAAAAUUCACAGGGAAGAAGGUGCAAGGGCGUUUUGGAAAGGUUCCUUAGCAAGGGUUUGCAGGAGUUCGCCCCAAUUCGGUGUCACGUUGGUCACUUAUGAACUUUUGCAGAGGAUGUUUUAUAUUGACUUUGGUGGAAGUCGGCCUGCCGGUUCCGAAGCCUUCGCCUCGGGCAAACCCGACGAGCCGGCGCCCGCGCCCGAUCACGUCGGCGGCUACCAGGCCGCCCUGCCCGUCCUGGACGGAAUCGAGACUAAAUUCGGCCUGCUGCUACCCAGGUUCGCGUCGACGCUAACGCAACGAGGGCAGAAGGAGGCCAGUUAGAAAUAGACUAUGUAGGAUAGAAUAAAUCAAUUUUAUAUUUAAUAGAAAUUUUUGGACUCGAAGAAGAAGAAGAAGAACUUGUAUAUUUUUGGAAAAUAAGAAAAUUAUAAAUGGAUCAAGUGAGAAGAUAAGUGAGGUAUUAUGUGAUAUUUUGGAAUGUGCUCGGUGCUAAUUUUGGUUCCAAUAUAUUUUUUGAUAUUAA